UGCGAACGAGGUGCUCCGUAGUACCAGCAUGGCUGGCCCGACCCGCCUUCCAAAGCUUACCUCGUGCACCCCUCAGCAGUCGCUAUUGUUCAGGGUCAUUGUUCAUUUUACCCCUGGGCGCAUAUAACCCCCUCCGGAGAGAUACCGCUGACCGCGCCUGCAGGGACGCCCCCGACCUGGCUAAUUGCGAACAAGCAACACUAACCACGGUAAGUGGCGUUAGAAUGCUGUCCGGGUACCUCGAGUAACGGCUUUUAAUUUCUGCUGCUGCAUCUCCAACGGGCAUGUUGCAGUGGUGGUCGGUUUGCUCCGUUGCGUUAUAUUAGACGGUCGGUUUCCUGGACCCUCCGUCUGCCUGCACUUUUUUUGCUUGUUCUCACGCCGGUCGUGGUUCUGCAAUUCUACCCCUCGUUAUGGCGUCCUACGAAUUGAAGAAUCGGGCCAGUUUGGUCAAUCAUGAGAUCUCGGAGAUUGAUUCGCAUGAUGCUCGCGAUAAUGCUGCUUUGGCUCGGUUGGGCAAGAAGCCUGUUUUGAAGCGUAACUUUGGUAUUCUCUCGAUCAUCGGUCUCAGUUGCACGAUUCUCGGCACUUGGGAGGGUAUUUUAUCUACCUUUACCAUUCCUCUCGAAAAUGGUGGAUCGGCGGGUGCGGUAUACUCCUUUAUUUUUGCGUGGACGGGAACGGCCUGUUGCUUUGUGCUGCUGUCGGAGAUGGCGUCCAUGGCGCCGACCUCCGGAGGUCAAUAUCACUGGUGUGCCAUGCUUGCGCCUCCCAGAUAUAUGAAGUUUUUGAGUUAUAUCACAGGAUGGUUGACGGUGAUCGGAUGGCAAGCUGCGUUCGCAUCAUCGUCCUACAUGGCCGGCACGGAAAUCCAAGGCGCGAUAAUCCUAGGCCGCAAUGCCUACAACGCGCUGCCAUACCAGGGUACUCUUCUGAUGUGGGCCGUCGUGCUGGUUGCGCUCGGAGUUAACAUCAUCGGAGGAAAGUUCCUGCCUCGUCUGGAAACCCUCAUCCUUAUGAUUCACAUCCUGGGAUACUUUGGCGUGCUCAUCCCCAUGACCUACAUGUCCGACCACAAGUCGACCAGGGAAGUCUUUACGGAAUUCACCAACGGCGGAAACCUGUACACCGAUGGUCUGUCGUUCUUUGUCGGGAUGACUGGUUGUGUGUUUGCCUUUGCUGGUGGUGAUGCUGCUGUGCACAUGGCUGAGGAAGUAAACCACGCCACGGUAGUCAUCCCCUGGGCUAUUCUACUCAGUGUCGCCAUCAACGGCACCCUCGGUUUCACCAUGCUGAUCGCCACCCUCUUCUGCAUGGGCAGCGUUGACGCCGCCCUGAAAUCCCCCACCGGCUACCCCUUCAUGGAAAUCUUUCAACAAGCCACCGGCUCCACCUCCGGCGCACUGGGUCUCUCCUCCAUCCUCGUCAUCGUGGGUAUCUGCGCCGCCCUGGCCAUGUUAACCGCGACAUCUCGUCAAUUCUGGUCUUUUGCCCGUGAUCGCGGUGUCCCUGGCUGGCGCAUCUGGAGCCAUGUCUCCAACCGCACCUUCCUCCCCACCUACUCCAUCCUCCUCACCAUGACGAUCUGCUGCCUCCUCGGCCUAAUCAACAUCGGCUCCAGCGUCGCCCUCAACGACGUCGUCUCCAUGGCCGUCUCCGGUCUUUACUCCUCCUACCUAAUCGUCGCCGGACUCCUCCUCUGGCGUCGCUGCACCGGCGCCAUCUCCAAUCACAACGACAGCGACGACUCCGUGGUCAAUGUCCCCGGCGCCAAACUCAUGUGGGGUCCCUUCCGGGUUCCCGGGAUCUGGGGUAUCUUGAUCAACGCCUAUGCGGUGAUUUAUAUCGUCAUUGUCAUCUUCUUUAGUUAUUGGCCUACGGAGUUACCGGUGACGGUGGAGAAUAUGAAUUAUAGUGUUGUGGGGACGAUGGGCGUGAUCAUUUUGGCGGUGCUGUAUUAUGCGGUGCGGGCGAGGCAUGUUUAUACGGGGCCGGUGGUGGACUUGUCGUGAUGAAGUGGUGGGUGCAGGUUUGGGGGGGAAGGGAAUGGGAU